AUGGAUCAAACAUCCUGGCUCGAUCUCUCACUCUCCCCAGACGGCGAAGUCAUUCCCAUCCCGCCCUCACCACCUCAGUCUCCCCCAAGCGUCAGCCCGCCCAAACUCACCCGCUCAAAGUCCCUCAUCGAGCGAGCCACAAGCAGAGCCUCACAACAUUCCCCAUCCCCCAACGUCUCCAGCAACACCGACGACCACCAUCACCAUCAGCAGCUCUCCGGUCGUCCUAGUCUCCCGCCGUGGGAUCGCACCGUGGACGUCGUCUACCACAAGUACGCGCAUGGAGAAGCAGGCAGACCGGAGGAGGACAGGAAAACCAUUGCCGUAAAGGUGCUGACGAACAAGUUCUUUGCGCUGCAUAAGAGGAACAACAACAAGUCGAAAGGAGGCAGCAGCGGCGACAACCUCGUCGCUUCUUACGAGACGCUGGGAUCAAAGCCCAUCGGCCUGAAUCCUUUCCACUGGGACCAAGACUGCUGGGAGCCCUCGGACUUUACGCCCUUGCGCCAAGUCCUCGCCACGUUCCGCCCCUACAUGAGCGUCUCAUUCGACUUCCACUCCACAAUCUUCAUCACCAUCCUCUCAGCAUACACCUUCCACGUCACAUUCUCCCCCUUCACCGCCCAGAGGCUCAACCCCCUCGCAACCACCUGGCUCAACAAAUACAGCCCCUUCAUGAGCUCCCUCAUCAUCGAAAUCGAUCUCUCCCGCUUAGGCCUCGGCCCAAGCCCCCAAGCCGCGAACCUGCUCCCCUGCACAACCAACCUCCAGCGUCUCCUCCACAGCUUCAGCCUCGCCCAGCUCCAAAGAAGCCCCGAAGCGCCCCUCGAGAGUCUCAUCCUCGCCUGUCGUCGCUUCCACGGCCAAAGAGAGGACUUGCCCGAGCCUCCUCUUCCUCCUCCUCCUCCUCCUCCUCCCCCAGCUCCCUCUGACAUAACAAAAGUCUCUGCCAGAGCCGCCGCCCUGUACGAAGAAGAGCUUAUUCUCAAGAACCAGUCUUUUGUAGCCGAAAUAUCCGGAAGGUUGUCUUCAUGCGACAUUCCCGGCAUGAUUGCUCGAGCAUUGUCCCCCGCACCAGAUGAAUCCUUUAAACAGUCCGAAGUCUCCUUCGAAGACUCCUACAUCGACCAGGACGCAGAAGGCGAACAAGCAGAGAAUUCAUACAUUUACUCAGACGACAACGAUGACGAAGACGCCAGCAUCAUCAACAUAUCCUUCAUAAGCGACAACUCAUACGCCUCCCACAUAUCCUAUUCCUCCUCCUCCUCUUCUUCCUCAGACUCAGACUCAGACUCAGACUCAGACUCCUCUUCAAACCCAGGCACCAGCCUCGCCAUCCCGCACUCCAUCCCAGAAGAAGAAGACGAACAGGGACAGCAGCCGCCGCCGUCGUCAUACUGUCCGGACAAACACCUCUCUAUAUGCAACCAUCUCGUCCGCCUCCGCAACAACGUCACCUCCCUCCGCAUGGCCGGCUUCUCAGAGGCAUACACAAACGCCUUCAUAGCAACCCUCUUUCCCGAAUCGAGAAUCUUGCCUCUGAGAUUCCACGCAUACCGUGUCGCCCCGUCUACCUUUUGGCCUCGUCUUCGCUACCAAAAGUCGAUGAUUGAUAAUGGCCGAGCGGUUGUGCUCGAUGACCAUCAAGUCAUCCCCGAACCAGGCAUGUUUCCCGAGGGACCAGUUCAGCUCCCGGCUCCCAUCGUCUACAAGUGCCCUUCUCUCAAAUCCUUGCCAGCAGCACGCAACCGCUCGAGGAACAACACCGCCAGUUCGGGCUCGAGCUGGCCUUCUCAGAAGAGCCUGGAGAGCAACGAAGAGGCAAACACUUCGAAGAGCUCUUUGCGGUCUAGCUACGAAAAGUCAGUGGUGCAAAAGCUUUUGGAGAGAUACAGGAAGUCGAGGCGGAUGCCGAGGCCGACAUCUGCCCCUUGA